GGAUCAGCGGGAUCGGCGGCAGGGCUGGAACGGCAGCGCCUGGCCGGGAGGAUGCAGCCGGACCUCCCCGUCAGCGACGCGGUGCUGCGCAGCCCACCAGCCCCCGAGCCAGUCAGUGGCCCCUUCCCCAGCACCGAGGCCACCAAGCCACCCUACAGCUACAUUGCCCUCAUCACCAUGGCCAUCCAGAGCGCGCCCGAGCAGCGCAUCACCCUCAGUGGCAUCUACCGCUACAUCAUGGGCCGCUUCACCUUCUACCGCGAGAACAAGCAGGGCUGGCAGAACAGCAUCCGCCACAACCUGUCCCUCAACGAGUGCUUCGUCAAGGUGCCCCGCGAUGACAAGAAGCCAGGCAAGGGCAACUACUGGACCCUGGACCCGGACUGCUACAACAUGUUUGAGAAUGGCAGCUUCUUGCGGCGCCGCCGGCGCUUCACCAGGAAGAGGGGCCUCCGGGAUGCCCCAGGCACUGAGGGGGAUGAGGGGCGUGGGAAGACCCCCAGGCAACGGGCAAGGGGGCUGCCUGCUGCCCUGCUGUCUGAGGAGGGGAAGGCAGAGGGAGGCUACAAGUCACCAGCAGCCACGGGGCGCCUGCCGAGCCCUGCCACACCGUCCGAGGGUACCGGGGUGCCGGGGUGCUCUGAGCCCUCUGCCCGGCGUCAGCCACCCAAGGCCACGCAGCCUUGCCUGUACCUGCCGGACACGCCACAGCCCAAGGGGCCAUUCUUUGCACCCCCCGAGAGCCGCCCACCCAAGGAGACUGUCUUCGGGGGGCUCCCGGCAGCACUGCAACUGCCCCGUCCAGGUCAGUACCCGCUGCCCGGCGAGCACCCGGCCCAGCACCCUGCCCUGCUGCCCGCCCUGCUGCCCACCCAGCACAGGGACCCCCCGCAGGACUCGCCGGCCACACCAGGCACCCCCCCAGGGCAGCUGGAGGGUGAGGAGCCAGCUGCCCCCGGGCUGGGGACGGGCCAGCCAUUUGGGCAGGUACCACCUGCAUUCCCUGGCACUCUCCUGGGCACAGGCAAACCCCCUCCAUCCUGCUUCUUGGAGGGAGAGGGCUAUGUGCAGCCCUCCCUGCCCGUGUUCGGCUCCUUCGGCCGGCCGGGGCCCGAGGUGCUGGGCAGCAGCUACCAGUGCCGGGUGCAGGCGCUGAGCUUCUGCAUGAAGGAGCGGCCGUGCGGCACAGCGCUGGAGCAUCUCCUGGCUACAGCCCCCCCGGCCCCUGCCACCCCCCGCCAGCCACCCUUUGGGGCCGUGGGGCCACGGGCAGGCGAGCAGAAGGAGCCGUGGGGGACGGGGGCUGCGAUCCCACUGCAGGGGGGUAACGGCUACCCCCUGGGACUGCCCCCCUGCCUCUACCGGACACCCGGCAUGUUCUUCUUCGAGUGAGGGACUCCCCACCCUGGUACAUGCCAGCACCCAAUAAAACACAUUCCCCAA